ACAAACGUCUCUUUCUAAGCGUAAUGGAAAUAGAAUGAAACAUUGAUGAAAGGAGAACAAAUUCAUAGAUGUGAGUUCAGAGAAAAACGUUGUUUUUUGACUAUGGUUAAAAAAUAAACAUCUAUUGAAGAAAAUCCCGCAUCUUAUAUUUUUACGUGCCGUAUUUUUAGAAAAUAUUUGAAAUAUUUACUUACUGCCUUCUUUGAAACAAACCCUCAAAACACGUUAAGAGCUACCAGCUACGUGACCAUCUAAAGGAAGAUUCUUCUGACAGACAACGCGCAACAGCAUUUCAUCCAUUAUGAAGACUGAAACACAGACACUGACAUAGAAGUAGAUGUGAGAAAGGGUGUUUCGGCAAAAAGCUAGAUUCACAUGCAUCAGAUAUCCAGUGAUUCCGCAGGAAUGGUGGCCAAUUUAACAGCGACAAAUCAAUGGUCGUUCCCCACAACUAGCAGUUUAUCAUAUAAAGAGAGUAAUGUUGAUAACGAAACGAUGGCCAGCUGGAAUGGUGUGUCCAGGUUGAUUUUCCUCUCUGGCACAGCUACUGUCGGUACAAUGGGUAGUAUUUUUGCUAUCACUGCUAUAGCAGUGAUUGAUCCUUUGCAAGUCCGAGGAAACAUCUAUUUAGUUAGCCUGGCCUUAGCCAAUUUAUUGGUCACGGGUCUUGUGCUUCCAGCUUCUUGCAUAGCUAUCUUGGCGUCAAUUCCCCACGACCAAGGUAUAUGUGCAUUUCAGUGGUUGGUUAUGGAGGUUUGCUUUUUGGUCUCCGUGUUGACCUUUAUGUUCAUAGCAAUGGAAAACUUCGUGGGGCUUGGUAGUGUUAUCAGCUAUGACUUCUGCUGCACGAGGAACCGGAUCGUCACCACAGUGUCAACCAUUUGGUCUACAGCUGUCGCCUUUUCUGUUGGUCAGCAAAUAACUGGCUUUGGUCCUUCACUUUGUGACUCCUCCGCCCCCGUCUGGCUACCAUAUCAUGCUGUAUGUGGGCUUUUACUGGUCAUGAUGCCUAUUCUAAUUUCCAGCUCCUAUUUUGUUAGAGCCAUCUUCAAAUUAAAGGCUUUUAAGCUCCAGAUGGAAGCUUUGGAAGAUCCCACAGCCUACGUGCUGACAGACGAGGCAGUACUGAAAAGCAAUAUAGUAGUCUUUAUAUUGAUGCUGAUGAUGUGGAUACCAACAGUCGUCGUUUCGGUCGUGGGCUCAAUCCAUCCUGUUGGUCAAAAGCUUAUUGACGUCACCUGGUGGAUAUCACUGAGUAAUUCUUGUCUCUACAGCUACGUUUACGCCGCGACGAACAAAGAUUUCAGGGAAGCCUUUAAUAAGCUAUUCUAUUACUUUUGUUGCAAAAGUCAUGUAUCAUUUUCUCGGAAAUCACGUGAUGUAAGAAGGAAUGGAGCUGAUGGUAGGGGACUACGUGUUCACAUCAUCCCAGGACUAAACAUCUACGCCCAAAGAAAAGAUCCAGCAAAAGAUCCCUUAAGAAGUUUCCAGCUUAAAAAGGGUUCAAGUGAACUCUAAAGUAGCCCAAUUGAUUUCCUUUAGGGAUUCAUUCUGGCGUUAUGUCCAUAGUAGUUUGUAUGAGCUAUAAAUAAUUCCUGUAUGUGUACACAGGAAUAGUCUUGAACAGUUGAUGAGUUUUCUAGUUCGUUUCUUUCUGUUGAUCAAAGUAUAUAUAUAUCACAAAUUAAACAAUAUUCUAUUUAAAUUGUUCUUCAUCAUAUUAUAGAUUUUGUUUGAAGUAUUUAAACACUCUAGGGCUUCUAAAUGCAAAUAUUAUGUAUGCUUAUUAAUGUCCCAAAUCAGUGGAUCGAUAGACACGAAAUUUAUUUUCAAAUGCGUUACAUUGAACCUUCUAUAUUCAAUCUCUCUUUGGUACAGUGGCAUAGCAAUAAGUGGGCAAUCUGCUGCAGAGGACCCCUAAGGGGUCCCCCAAAAUUAGUAUUUGAAAUUUGAAUAUUGAAAUUAAGAGGGAAAUAUUCUCAAAAUGUUUUGAGGGAGGGCAAUAAAAUAUUUUGCCCUAAGGUUCUUUGAAACCCAGUUACACCACUGAUGGAGUCUGGAACGUAUGACAAUAACGUUUCUUCUAGCAUUUAAGCCAUAUUCAAAAACUUGAAAGAGCAAACAAGAACUCGUAAGUAUGUAAGAACACAAGUAAACUAGUCCAAAUUGAACGGACAUAACACUAAGGUAUAUACUUAAAAUUUCUUAUUGAAAAAAAAAGAAAACCAUACAGUAAACCUUUAUGGUGGUGAGAAAAGUGUUUCAUUGUUUUAUGUUUUUAUAGGAGAUGAGAUCAUAUGACGAGUAUCCAUGGCCAAUCCUGACCUUUCUGUGAAAAGUAAUUCUUAAUUGCACUUCUUCAUUUGUGUUUGGAAAUGAUAGAAUUGCGAAUAUCAUUUCAAUCUGCUACUAUACUGCAAAACAACGGCAUUAAGUAAAAUAAACAAAUGGGGAAAUAACCUCUCCACAUUCACCCACUUCUUAUAAAGUGAAGUUGCAUAUAUGGAUAUAUAUGUCUACGAUAUAAUCUAACUCAAAUUUUGAUUAUAUCUUAAACGAAGGUAUUCGCUAAAAUAGGAGCUAGGCGUGGCUUAAUGGUUAGCGUGCCGUAGUGCGGAUCUGAAGAUUCGAAGUUCAAGCCAUGAUAUCCCUCUGAACAAAUUCCACAACUUCAAUUGUGGGAGUGUUAAAAGUAUAACAGUCAAUAACUGUAGCACGGGCGGCUAGUGUUGUUGCCUGGUUGCUCUCAGUAUGGUCAGUUUUUCUAAACUAGGAAUGGCUGUGUUUGAAACUUGGAAGUACCUGACCUGGCUGUUUAACCAACCAACGUGUUUCAUAAGUUGCUGUUCAGGUUUAAAAUACUAACCACCAAAAUACAGUAAAAUACAUUUCGUAUUCUGACAGUUCUCCCUUAUUUUUUUAAAUAAAGCUGUUAAUCAUGAAUAACAUCUUACUUUAAAGUAGAAAAAAAACAAGUGCGAGAAAAGAGACAGCGAUGAUAUGUUUUAAUAAACUUAGAAUAAGUAAAAUUCUGGUAAAAGUAAAAAAAAAAAGAAGGGAUUUUCUGCUUAUCAACGUCUUGAUGUAAAUCGUCUUAAGACGUAAAGAUUUCAGUACUUCUGCUAUCAGUAGUUUGAGUAUUGAUGUGAAUGCAUAUCUUACACCAGUCUAAAACCGAACAUAUCCAGUAGAUUGUAAUAGCAGAGCUUUGUAGGUCAAGAUAACUAUUUUACUAAUAAAAUUGAUAAUUCAUUGUGUAAUUGAAAUGUUCAUGUAAUAUUGAUGUGUUUUCUCGUGUUGUUUUAAUUUUGUGGUGUGUUUGUGCAACAUUCAAUUUGAUGAAUGAAUUAUGAAGAAUUAUAUAUAUAUAUAUUUAAUACAUGCUGCUUGUGAAGUAUGUGCUAUUAAAUGAGAAAUUAUAAAUAUAUAUUCUUAACGAGAGACAAAAUGUACUGUUUUAUUGACGAUACUCUCCACUACCUUCAUGAUGUUCAUUUCUUAAUCAUUUUCAUGUCUAUUUUUUUUUUUCGGUUAUGAUAUUCUUGUCACUAGUUUUUCUCCAAUACGCAUGUCAUUACUAUUACAAAAUAAAUUUCACGAAAGUUUGUACGGUAUAAUAUUUCACGUUUUGUUUUGCAAAAUUGAUUUGUGUGGUUAAUAUUUUGGAAAUGUUUAGCUUACUGGCUGAUUUUUAUAUGUUUAAUUUAUUGGAUGCUGGAUGAUUUUGUUUUAUCUUAAAUUAUUUCAUUAUUUUAAAUUAAUGGGCAUCAAAUUUGCUUGCCAUAAACUCAGAUUAAUAUUUCAGUACAAUAUGUAUAUAUUCCAUGUAUUUAAGUGAACGGACGAGGUUUAUUGAUUAUCGUGUCGAACUGUAAGUCCGAACAUCCUUAGUUCACGGCUCAUUGCCGCAAAAACACGCCCCGCAUGUUUGGGCCAUAUUUGCGUUAUAAGAGUAACGGUAAAAUCUCAUUAUUCGAUUAGAGUAGCGAAAGAAUUAGCAAUGGGCUGUUGACUAACUGCUGCUUUUCCUUAAGCCUAUCAUUACUUUUUUAGAAUGAAAUGUCGGUCAAACCUCAACUUAAAAAAUUGUGAUUAUUCGUCUGUUUGUUUGGGAUAUUUACACUAAUUUACACAAUAACUAUCUUCUGUUCUAGCAAAAUCUAAUUUUGAACUAAAAGACUAGAGAGAAGGCAAAAAUUCUUCGGCACCCACCACCAACUCUUGGGCUACACUAAUCUAACAGUUGGAUUUGAUCAUUUAAUCCUCACGUUUAUAAGACAUCUACGAACUCAAAGUCCGUAAUGAUAUAUUUCGUGGCAACGGAAUAAAGAAUUGUGAAAGUUUAUUUCUAGAUAUAUCUUAUCUAAGAACCUUGAAGAAGUGAAAAUAUACUUAACAGUUUUAAACCUCAGGGAGUUAUUAUCACACUUUAAAAUACCUUACAAAUGUUUAAAUAAUUAUUGUGGACGUUUUUGAGAUAUGAAUAAGGUUAAAUCGAUGAUAUCAGUCUAAUUAACAUUGUUUUAUCGAGGCGAUAUCCGUUAGCUUGAUCUAUGUAUUUUUUAUGCAAACACGGCUAUUUAUGUACUGUUUAUUUAUUGAAGAGACUUGGUGGAUAAACAAUGUCUAACGCUACAUGGUGUUAACGACAUUGUAUACUUGAACACCACGUACUUCUAGUUGGUGUGAACGAGGUAGUAUACUUGAGCAACAUCAACUUGUAAUUGAUUUUUAUGUACCCAAAUGCCAAAUGAACCCAUAUUCUACUAAGUGGUGUGAACGUGACUGCAUGCAUGAAAAACAUGUUUAUUCUACUUGGUGUGGACGAAGCCAUACUCAUCAACAUAGUGUGGACGAGGCGAUAUGCAUUUAUUGUUGGCGUGUGUGUGAACAAUGCUAUAAGCGGGAGUGUCAUGUACUUUUCAUUAGUGUGGUCAAGACUACUUGCAUUAGCAUCAUGUGCUUCUAGUAUGUGUCGACAGGACUACAGGCGUGAGCACUCUAUAGUUUUUGCUGGUGCGGACGAACCUAUAUGCUUGAUCACUGAGUGUUUUUUAUUGGUGUGAAUAAGGUUAUAUAAAUGGAUAUUAUAUGCUUUUUUAUUGGGGUGGACGUGCACGACUGCCAUGUAUGAACAUCGUUUGUUUCUAGUAGGUAUGGACGACUGCAUGUAUGAACAUCGUUUGUUUCUAGUAGGUAUGGACGACUGCAUGUAUGAACAUCGUUUGUUUCUAGUAGGUAUGAACGACCCUAUAUGCUUGAUCUCUAUGUAGUUCUAAUUGGUACAGUAAAAAUUGUAUACGCGCAUACACUUGGUUGCCAGGUUGCUGGUUACGCCCCUGGUCUAUGGUUAGUUAAUUUUUAAUCGUUUUUUUUAUUUGGUUGAUCAUAUUUAUCAAACUUGGAAUAUUAUUUUACAAGCUAUGAUCAGAAUUAGUUAAACUGACUUUUAUAAGAGCAACAACAACUCACUGUUUAGAUUGUUUCAAAUCUUUGAUAUUAAAAGUGUCUUAGAACUUGGAUAGUAAGAAUAAAGUAAAUUAUGUUUGUUUUUACAUGUUUAAUACAAAGCUAUAUAGUAUCCAAAUGUUCAUAUGUUUUAUAGUGAAAGUGUAAAAAGCUUGUAUUUUUGAUGUUUGUGAGUAACAUAAUUGU